UUUUUUGUGUUCGUUGUUGUGAGAGUGCAGCGAGAGCCGGCCUAGCUGUCAGUUGUCAGCUGUCAAAAACGUUGAGAUGGAAGCUAAAGUGAAGGAAGAAGUUCCUGACAAAGAUUACCAGCCCAGCACCACUGAUCGCCGGAAAUCUACGACGAGUAAAGAGAGACGUUCCCCUGAACAAGAGGAGAUCAGAGUAUCACCGACUCCAGGCCCCGCCAGCCCACAGAAUAACGGUACAACUGGGCUGUCAUCGACGGAGUCCUUAUCGCCGCCGCUGUGUGAAGGUGCGAGGCCCGCGCUGCAACGCCUGCGUCGCUUCCUAUCUGCUUUGCAGCAGUUCGCGCCAGAGGGCAGCGCAGACACUGGUGACAGGGUGCGCCAGUUGAUCUUCAAUCUUGUUGCGGGCACUAUGAGCAUCGAGGAGUUCCAAGCGGGCGUGCAGGAGUGCACCAACUAUCCACUGCGUGCCUCCGUACCCGGCUUCCUACGCGCACUGUUGCCUCUCGCGCAGAGAGACUUGCACGCGCGCGCCAGAAGAGCCAAACAGACACCUCUCCAGUACAUCCGCGGACAUGAACACCUCGUGCUGGAGGGUUGCGGGGAGGCUGCAGACAUCUUCGCACACCAACAUCCCAUGGAGCCCAUCAAACGACGUGCGAGCGAUCCGUUCUAUGAGGCAUCCCAGUCGAAUGGUUCCCAUGAGGAGUUCCCGCCGCAGGCCAAGCGAGCGCCUACCAACCUGCUACUAAACCCCUCGCCGUUCCUCUGCCCGUUGCCUAGCAACGCUAGUUUGUUUGACUACGGACAUCCUUACCCUGUCUAUCACGGCGGACAAGAACCCGCCUAUGAAAGGAGAGAUGGUGGCAUAUCAGUGCGCGACGUGUCUUCAAUGAACGCGUCAAUGGGAGAGGCACGGGGUGGUGGUGUCGGGGGCGGGGGCAAGGGAGACGACGAGUGGCGCAACAUCAACACCAUGCUUAACUGCAUCCUCUCCAUGGUAGAGAAGACCAAACGCGCACUCGCGAUAUUACAACAGAGAGGACUGGAAACAACAGAAAGCAAUGAGAUAAAGCGUGCUGCGAACGAGAUAAUGGCGUCUGCGGUCAGGCAGACGGAGGAGCGCGUCGCCGAGGUACGGAGGCGUGCUGAGGAUGCUGUUAACCAGGUGAAGCGUCAGGCGCUUCUGGAGCUGCAGCGCGCAGUGGGCGCGGCGGAGAGCAAGGCGCUAGAGUUGGUGACGUCAGAGCGCGGCAAGGAGCGCCGCCACACGCCUCCGCCCCAGCUGCCGCCGCACGACACGCCCGCACCCGCGCCGCAGCAGAACUGUUGCUGGAAUUGCGGCCGCAAGGCGCAGGAGACGUGCUCGGGGUGCGGGGCGGCUCGUUACUGCGGCGCCUUCUGCCAGCACAAGGACUGGGAGAACCACCAUCAGGUUUGUAGCGGCCGCGACCAAAAGCCGACCGCUCUCCACCGCACCUCACCGCCGACUUCCAUCACACCGCUCGCCAAGACCCUGCCUCGAGCAACCACACCGAUAUCCGCAACCGGAACCAGUCAGAUCCCGGUUACAACCGGUUCCGAAACCAGAUUGUCACUCACGACUCUAAACUCUGCUGAGCGAUUACUUGCCAAUAAUCAGGAUAGAAAUCUCCCAAGUAAUUCUGACAGGAUAACCCUGGCCAAUCUGUCCACAGCUCAGGGCCUUAUAGGAGGCAUUGGCGGGAAGAAAUGACGCAUCAACAAGGAGAUACUGGCCAACACUACCAGAUACCCAAGGAAAGUUAGAAGAUAAAAUGCUUUUGACAGUGACAUAUUAAGUAAUAAAAUUCGUGUUGUAAUGUAGAACAUUAAAAUUGAAUUUGUAACAAUUUUAAAAAAUAUUUAA